CAGACGAUGACGACCAUACCUGACGAGAAACUGUAUGCCUUUGCGGACCGCGUUAAAGGAGUUGUCGUCCUGAUUACUGGUGCCGGGAACGGUAUAGGCAAAGCUGCCGCAGUGGAAUUCGCGAAGCGGGGCGCGAAAGUGGCCAUUGGAGACAUCAACGCCCAAACCGCCAAGAGUGCUGCAGAGGAGAUCGUACAAGCAGGCGGCGAAGCCAUAGGGCAACCAUGCGACGUCACACAAUGGGGCGACCAGGUUGCGCUGUUCCAGGCUGCGCACCGACAAUUCGGUUCUGUGGACAUCGUCAUUGCGAAUGCGGGCAUCAGCGAGGUCGGCACACUCGGCCAGCUCGAGUUUGACUCGGAUGGACGUCCCCUACCGCCAAAUACCAAGACUCUCGACGUGAAUAUCACCGGUGUAGCUUAUACGACGCACCUAGGACUCUAUUACAUGAAGCAGUCCAAGAGCCAAGUCAAGGCUCUGGUUCUCAUCGGCUCCAUGGCUUCGUGGCAAGCCGUCUCGGGCGGCCCGCUGUACAGCGCAUCAAAACAUGGAGUUCUCGGCCUGGCACGCUCGCUUUACCCGGACGCCCGGAGUGCUGGCAUCCGGACCGCCAUUAUUCACCCUUGGUUCGCAGCGACGGGCAUUAUCCAAGGGCAAGAUGAUCUCCUAUCCGGCCUGCCUCUCACGCCGGUCAGCCGCAUCGCCGGCGCGAUAUUCUACGCCUCUACGGACCGCGAUUGGCGGACGAGCGGGUGCGUGUGGAUGCUCCCGGACGAGCGGAUGCUGCUGCUGCUCGAGCGCGAGCGGUUGACGGAGGGCGUGUACCGGCUUAUCGACGAGAAGAUCAAGCGGCAAUUGAGGGAGCAGAGUGCGAAGAGCAAGUUGUGAGCUGGCUGCGUCGGGAGAAGGCCGACGCAUAUACGCAUCCCACAUUCGCGCCGUCGUCCUUGCACUUCAGAGGACCAGGACUCCUCCUUGUGCUUCAGAAGAUUGAGACUCC